CAAUGUCACGCUGACAAAAUUGACAAAUUACAGUUGCAGGUUGUGAAUUUUCAUGGUUUUAAAACAUUUGCCCAAAAAAAUCAUCAGUAAAUGUGAAAAUACACGAGGGCCAUAACAAAUAAUGUAACGUGUGAAUAUAUGCACGAAAAGCAGACAAAAUUAUAAUGUUUUUUCGAAAUGUCUGGAGCGCUGCGGAGUUAACGGCCAGUUGUAAAACUUCUCUUCUUAGACAAAGAAUCGAUCAUGUGGGCUAUGGUCGAACGCACUUUCGUAAUUCUUUCCAUAACUCGCGGCGCGGCCCUCGACGGCAGGGUUUUGAACCCGACCCUCUCGAACAUCUUCAGAUAGAAUCUGGACCGCUACAUAUAAGAGGAUUGGUUAGACCAUUCCUUUUUACUAUAGGGGUAUCCACAGCGAGUCUUGCUGGAUGUGUAAUCUGGGAAUAUGAGAACUUAAGAGCACAUGCUACUAAUCUAUUUAGAAGACCUAGUUCUUGGCUCAGUGCACAACAGAAAAAAAUAUUGGCUCAAUAUAAAUCAGAGACUGGUCCUCUGAAGAAAUGGUGGAAUUCCUUGAAAGAAAGUGAAAAGGUGUUUUAUCCAAUAUUGGCUGCAAAUGUGAUAGUAUUUGGUGCAUGGAGAGUUAGAAGCUUGCAGCCAUUCAUGGUUAAGUACUUCUGUUCCAACCCUGCAGGCAGCAAAGUAUGCAUGCCAAUGAUACUAUCUGCAUUCAGUCACUACUCAGCACUCCAUCUAGCUGCAAAUAUGUAUGUCCUCUACAGUUUCAUGCCAGCGGCAUUGGCGGCGUUAGGCAAAGAACAGUUUGUCGCCAUGUACUUGAGCGGUGGAGUAAUUAGCAGUUUUGCCAGUUUCUUGUACAAGGUGAUGGUCAACCAGCCGGGACUCAGCCUUGGCGCUUCAGGAGCAAUUAUGUCUGUGUUGGCAUAUGUGUGUGUACAGUAUCCUGACACCAAGCUGAGUAUCAUCUUCUUGCCUAUGUACACAUUUGCUGCUGGUUCAGCUAUUAAAGUCAUUAUGAGCGUUGAUCUGGCUGGUGUAGUAUUUGGGUGGAAAUUCUUUGAUCAUGCUGCUCAUUUGGGUGGUGCUAUGUUUGGAAUGGCGUGGUGUUAUUGGGGCGGUGCACACAUCUGGGGCAACAGAGACAAGUUUCUUCAGUAUUACCACACCCUUCGGAAGAGUGACGCAGACAGAUAACAAUUUUGGAACCUUUUGUCUUGUAUAGAUGUUGUUUGUAACAGGCAAGUGUGGACCGACAUUAUAAUCUUUGAAAAAUGUUAUAUAGUCUAUUUAUUAUUUUAGUACACAUACUGAGAAUUUCAAAGUAUGAUUUAUAAAGUUACUAGUUUUCAA